AUGAGUGAUCUGUACCAUUUGAUCCAAGCUAAGUCAUCGUCCCAAGGGUGGUUCGGCCUUGCUGCAGCCAAACAUUAUAUCCAACUCCAUCCCUAUGAACGAAUCGCGGUCAUCGAAGCGGCCAGUAGUUGCGGUGGUACCUGGGCUGAGCAUCGCCUAUACCCCGGCUUGAAGUCAAACAAUAUGGCUGGGUCUUAUGAGUAUCCAGAUUUCCACAUGAGCGAAGCAUACGGCGUGAAGCCUGACAGUCAUAUUCCUGCAGCGACUCUGCACCGCUAUUUGACCGACUAUGCACGCCAUUUUGGGAUUUUUGAGCGCGUCAUAUUUAACACCGUGGUGGGAACCAUUGAGCAAUGUGUUGCUAGCUGGGUGGUCAAUACCUCUUCUGAAGCAGGGACAGCUGCGCUCAGGACUAAGAGGUUGAUAUUAGCAACAGGUCUGACUUCAACGCCUAACAUGCCAUCAUAUCCGGGGCAGGACUCAUUCAAUGCUCCAUUCUUCCAUGCGAAAGAUUUCCAAGAACACGAUUCUCUCGAUAGCUCGAAAGAUAUCGUCGUUGUUGGCGGUGCAAAGUCUGCUUUCGAUGUGGCCUUCGCAUAUGCACAGGCAGGAGUUCAUGUCGAGUUGGUCAUCCGACCAGAAGGAAACGGACCUGUUUGGCUUUCUCCGGCAUUUGUCACUCCACUCAAAAGAAAGAUGGAGGAACUACUUCACACCCGCUGUCUCACUUGGAUGAGCCCUACACCAUGGGGCGACGAGGAUGGAUUUCCUCUAGUUCGAAAGUUUCUUCAUGGAACUAAGAUUGGACGAUUCAUUGUGCAGGCAUUUUGGCACAUGUUGAGCUCCGAUAUUGUCAAGGCCAAUGAAUAUGACGAUUGCAAUCAUCCAAGUCUUGCUGCUCUGAAACCAUGGACAUCGGCAUUCUGGACAGGCAGUGGGGUGAGCAUCCACAACUAUGACUCCAACUUCUUCAACUUUGUGAAAGAUGGAAGGAUACAAGUCCACACCGCAAACAUUGCCCUUCUGAGCCCGAAGAAGGUACACCUGUCCACCGGUAGAGUCCUGAAUGCCGAUGCCCUGAUCUGCGCCACCGGGUGGAAAAAGACACCAUCGUUCAAAUUCAGCAACUGGGACCUCAACCUGCAAAGAUCAGAAGCUGAGAUGACAGAACUCCUCAAUUCAGCCGAUGCAGAAAUCCUGACACGAUUCCCGAUCCUCAAUUCCCAGCCUUUGCUUCGCAGCCAAGUCAAGAAACCGAAUCCUCUACUUUUAUAUCGCUUCAUGAUACCACCUGCUCUGUGGGAAGACCGAAGCUUAGCAUUUGCAGGCAUGGUCUCAUCCGUGAGCACGUCCACUUGCGCCAGUUUACAAGGGCUUUGGAUCUCGGCAUAUUUCGACGGCAAACUGAAUCGGGCUCCUGUUAACGAUAACGAUGCUGUACGAGAAGCCGUUCUCAAUUCCCGGUGGGGGAAAUGGAGGUAUCCAUGUGGGUAUGGAGGUGAGGUCGCGGAUUUGGCAUUCGACGCACUCUCAUACUUUGAUCAUCUCAUGCGGGACUUGGGAUUGGAACAUUGUCGCAAAACGUCUUUCAUGGCAGAGAUCAUGGAGCCAUAUAAGCCUUGGGAUUAUCGCCAGGUGGUUGAUGAGUGGAUGAGUGCACAUCAAAGUAAGAAUGGCUCUGCGUUCCAGAAGACUUGA